AUUCACGCAUUACUACUUUUUUUAUUACUUAUCCUCAAUGAAUCCUUCAACAAAGCCUCUCAGAUGGACAACCCAACGCGUCCACAAGAUUAGUAACCCUAAUCGCAUUCAAAAACAAAAACCAUCAAAGACACGUAAAAUUACCACGAAUCAAGCAGCCAAUAAAGAGCCAGUUACUAUCAAAUGCCCACAAAAGGAAAUUGAACGCCUCCAAAACGAGUUGGAGUUUACGUACGACGCUGUGGCAACAAUUACUGUCAACUUCCAAAGUCUCCUUCAUGCCUACAAAUGCAGUGAGCCACAAUUGGAAAAAACUAAAUCAGCCACACGCCUCUGCGAGAUGGAAAAGGAACUGUUGACAGCCUAUGACGAUUUAACCUUACAAGUCAGUCACCUCGAGCGCAAAAUUGCUAAAUUGGAAAAGAGAAUCACUACCCUUAAGGAGAUUGAAGAGUCCUGCAUACCCACCUAUAUAUCUUCCCCUUGCUCAUCUGUCGAAUCAAGUAUUUCGGACGUUACCCCGUGCUUGGAUCCUAUACAACUUAAUCUUGUAAACAAUGAUUUUUGCGAUCUACUAUCUCUUCCUGACAAUCAACUUUACUAUGAUUAUCAAUAUUACCCACCAUGUGUUUACUAUCCUAUCCUUGAAGACACUUAUUUAUAUCACAGCUUAUAAAAUCAUUCUUUAUCGAUUAUUUAUGAUUUAUGAUCCCAAAACACGCUCCUUACCACACAAAUACUUAUGAAUUCUACGUGACAAGCAGCAAAAGAUAUCAUUGACAGUAGACUAUGACUCCAUAUAUAUAUGUUUAUACAUAUAUGCUCUUAUAUUAUUUAUUUUACUUUUUAUUAUACUGCCAGUAUAUAUCCCCAUCUUUCCUUGUAUAUAAUAUCAAUAAAAAAAAAGCAUACUUAACGGGAACGCGGAAUUGUCGGAUGAU